AUGGAUGUUUUUCUCGACGUCCUAGACACAUUUGUCUUCGACCGAUUAUACGCGUCGAUAUUGCCGGCACCAAAUGGAGCUGGAGACGUAGGAUCGCCAUCACAGAAAGCCUAUAACCAACAUAUCGGUGUUUAUAUUCCUCUGGAACCGUCUGAAUAUGUGGACGCGAGCAUAUGGAAGCGAGACGACAUUGUGCGGCAGGCGAUGUCUCUAUUCCUAAUUGCCUGGGUCUUCGGUUUGGCCAUGUACCUCAUCGGUAGCUUCGUUGUCUACCAUACAAUGUGGGACAAGCGGCUCCUGCGGCAUCCUCAUUUCCUCAAAAACCAAAUGCGCCUCGAGAUUAAGCAAGGCGUGAGCGCGAUCCCUGUGAUAGCUAUCUUGACUGCACCUUUCUUCGUAGCCGAGGUGCGUGGCUGGUCUAAGCUUUACGACUUUUCGAGUGAAGCCCCAUUCCCCGGGUAUACGUGGUUGCAAUAUCCGCUAUUCGUGUGUUUCACGGACUGCGGAAUCUAUUGGAUCCAUCGAUGGCUGCAUAUCCCAUCUGUAUACCGCCACCUGCACAAGCCACACCACAAAUGGGUCGUGCCGACGCCGUUCGCCAGCUACGCUUUCCACCCAGUGGAUGGCUGGUCGCAGAGUCUUCCAUACCAUAUCUUCCCGUUUUUGUUUCCGCUGCAGAAAAGUGCCUACCUAGGACUUUUCACAUUCGUGACCUUAUGGACAGUAUUGAUACAUGACGCCGAGUACAUCUCUCAUUCUGUGGUUGUCAACGGGUCAGCAUGUCACACAAUGCAUCAUUUAUACUUCAACUAUAAUUAUGGGCAAUUUAUGACUCUCUGGGAUAGGUUAGGAGGGACAUACCGCACGCCGAAGGAGGACGGUUUCCUGCAAAAAGAGAAUCUUCGGGCCCAGAGCACCAAGAAGGACGAGUAA